AUGAACUGGCUCAAGCAGACUUUGGCCAAUGUGGCUGGAACGCAAGAACCGAUCUACGGCCCCGAGGCUAUCCAGCCCGUCACCAAACAGGCCGAAAAGACGCCCUACACAGUACUGAAGAAGGAGGACCUCAAAUGGCAGGCUCAUCAGUAUACGUCGGUGGAAACGCAGACCUUCUACAUCAUGGCGGACAAUGGCGCUCUGGCGUGGGUCCAAGUUAUCUACAGCAAUGUCGCUGGCCUUCACACAACUUGCCAAUUCAACUCAAAGAUCUACUCGCUCGCUGGCGAUGCACCACACAUUUGGCACUCGGACACACUUUCAAACCAUAUGUUUGACCCGGACAUGUACUCCUUUGGAGCGGACAACUUCGCCUUAACACUCAACGAGGAAGGCACCGCUUAUACGGUCAAGUCGGCGGUGAACGAGGACAGUCUUGUUAACCUGACUUUCACCCAGCAAGCCCCCGGUCUGGUCAUUGGCGAGAACGGCACUUCGUACUUUGGCACCGAUCCUGCGAAUCCGUGGGGCUCAAUGCGACAUGCCUUUUGGCCUCGCUGCUUGGUCGAGGGUACUAUCACCACUAAAGAGAAGACGUAUGACUUGAAGGGUCGAGGCUUCUACUCUUUUGCGCUCCAGGGCAUGAAGCCCCAUCAUGCUGCAUCGAGAUGGAACUUUGUCAACUUCCAGAGUCCGUCAUACUCGGCUUUUAUGAUGGAGUUCACUACCCCGCCAUCAUAUGGAUCGACCGUCGUCAACGUAGGCGGAAUUGUGAAAGACGACAAGAUCCUCUAUGCGGGCUCAACCAACUCUGCUGAGCACGUCGAGACGAACACGGAUUCGGAAAACGACUGGCCAGAGCCAAAGGUGAUCAAGUUCGCAUGGGACGGCAAGGACAAGGAUCUCCAGGCCGAACUGGCGGGCUCCCUUGGCAAGAGACUCGACCGGAUAGACGUCAUGUACGAGCUUCCUGGAUUUGUGAAGACAUUCGUGGGCAGCGUUGCUGGCACAAGGCCAUAUAUCUACCAGUACUCUCCUCAGGACAAGCUCACCCUGAAGGUCAAAGAAGGCGAGACUGAGACUGCUGAAGAAGGCACUCUGUUCUCUGAGGCUACAUUCAUCUCAACGAAGCAGUCGUUUUCAGAGGUUGACUUGACAUGUUUGUGUUUGCUCCUCCUCCUCCUCUUCCUCUUCUCCCUCUCUCGCUUUCCCCCUCACACAGUUGCUAUCUUCCCACUUGACUCUACUCUUCGCCCAGUUCAACUCACUAAGACCAAACCAACCUCAGAAGCAUCGCCAAGUUACAUCUCGAAAAUGGCCCCUCCACCGAAUAGCUUGGGUCGAGGACUGCGUCACAGAAGACGACGCGGACGCCUUACUCGUGAUACUAUCAAUGGGAUCACUAAACCAGCCAUUCGCCGUCUUGCUCGUCGUGGUGGUGUCAAGCGUAUCUCCUAUAAUAUCUACGAAGAGAUCAAGCUGGUGCUGAGAGCGCGUCUCCAAGAGAUCCUCAAGAAUCUCGUGUUGCUCCUUGAGUCAGCCAACACCGAAAAAUAUGGAAGAAAGGUAGAGAUCUCCCUCUCCCUAAAUGAUAUGCUUCAUGUCAGCUAA